AGAAGCAGCUCCUCAAAUUCAGACACGAACCGCCACAGCUAAAUUCGAAGAAGAAGAAGAAGAUAAUAAGGACAACGUCACAGCCAACCCAGGAAAAAAAGCACCAACCAAAGCCUCAUCUCCGUUGAACUCCACAACCGAGAGCAAGACCGGGGUGCAAUGCCACCUCAGCAACCCGACCAACAGCAGCCGCUCCUGCCCGGCACCUCCGACGCGGAGGACGCGGCGGCGUACGACCCCGCCCAGAAGAUCCAUGUGGUCGUCGGCGUCGGCGAUGAGGCUGGGGAAUCCGACCCCGGGGCGCCGCCGCCCUUCUCGUGGAGGAAGCUGUGGCUCUUCUCGGGCCCGGGGCUCCUGAUGAGCAUAGCGUUCCUCGACCCGGGGAACCUGGAGGCGGACCUCCAGGCCGGCGCGGUGGCCGGGUACUCGCUGCUGUGGCUGCUGAUGUGGGCCACGGCGAUGGGGCUGCUGGUGCAGCUGCUGGCGGUGCGGCUCGGCGUGGCCACAGGGAGGCACCUGGCGGAGCUGUGCCGGGAGGAGUACCCGACGUGGGCGCGGCUGGCGCUGUGGCUCAUGGCGGAGGUGGCGCUGGUCGGAGCCGACAUACAGGAGGUCAUCGGGAGCGCCAUCGCCCUCAACAUCCUGAGCAAUGGGCUCUUGCCACUUUGGUCCGGCGUCGUUAUUACCGCUGCUGACUGCUUUAUCUUCCUGUUCCUCGAAAACUAUGGUGUUAGGAAAUUGGAAGCGGUCUUCGCCGUUCUCAUCGCAGUGAUGGCGCUCUCGUUCGCAUGGAUGUUUGGCGAGGCGAAGCCGAGCGGAGUCGAACUACUUCUGGGCGUCUUGAUUCCGAAACUCAGCUCCAAGACGAUCACGCAAGCGGUGGCAGUUCUGGGAUGCAUCAUAAUGCCCCACAACGUGUUCUUGCACUCGGCCCUCGUGCAGUCGCGUGACAUCGACCGCACCAAGAAAAGCCUGGUCCAAGAAGCACUCAACUACAACACCAUAGAGUCCUCUGCCGCCCUAGCCAUCUCCUUCAUCAUCAAUCUCUUCGUGACGGCCGUGUUCGCAGAGGGUUUCUACGGGACCGCCCUUGCCGACAGCAUCGGCCUCGUAAAUGCUGGGAAAUACCUCCAGGAGAAGUUCGGCGGGGGCGUCAUUCCGAUUGUGUACAUAUGGGGGAUUGGCCUAUUAGCUGCCGGGCAGAGCAGCACUAUAACGGGGACUUAUGCAGGGCAGUUCAUAAUGGGGGGGUUUCUCAAUAUAAGGCUGAGGAAAUGGGUGAGGGCGUUGAUCACGCGCAGCUGCGCGAUCGUGCCGGCGAUGAUCGUCGCGCUCGUGUUCGACACCUCGGAGGACAGCCUGGACAUUAUGAACGAAUGGCUCAACGUGCUUCAGUCCGUGCAGAUCCCGUUCGCGCUCAUUCCGCUUCUCUGCUUGGUCUCCAAGGAACAGCUGAUGGGGAGUUUCCGGAUUGGCCCUGUCCUCCAGGUGAUUGCUUGGCUGGUGGCUGCACUGGUGAUGGUGAUCAACGGCUAUCUUCUGGUGGACUUCUUCUCCAGUGACGUCGAGCUAGGAGCCAUUUUUGGCACCGUGGUGUGCGCUCUUGCGGUCGGGUACAUUUCCUUCAUCAUUUACCUUGUUCUGAGGGGAAUCAACCUUCCCGCUCUGCGUGAUCUGUUACGGCCGAAAAGGGUCAUCACGAACAUGGAGGACUUAUAGUUGCUUAUCUUCGGAUGGCCAUGCACAUAGUUUUGAAUGGAUAUGUACAUAGUUAUGAAUGGAUAUGCUUUCCGGAUCAGCUAUCCGAAUCGACACGGCGGAGCAUUCUUGUUUUUGGCAGAAUCAGGCUCUCGAUGAACAGCUUACAUGCUUCAGAUGUAUAGUAAGUGCCUCAAAGCAGUCGUUGAUAUGGGUAGCUGCAUUGGUUCGUCCCAGUAUUAGCCCAGCUUUCUCCCUAGAUGCAAGCUCUUUCCUUGAUUUGCUAAAUCC